UCUUUCGCUUUUUUCACCAUGUUCACCGUUUUUGUUCCAGCUCACGUUAACCGCGACAGCAUCCCCGCUUGUUUUGUCGAUACCAAUACUACGUUCAUUGAUGUUGAAACCGAGCAGCAGGCAAUAGAACAACGCAGCGCUUCGGAGGAUCCGUUUUUUGUGUUCGAGACCGGGUAUUUCACAAUCCACAAUGUGCCCGACGGUCCGAUGAAGUGCGACUACAUCUCCAGAAACUACAUUAUGCAGGCUUUCUUCUAUGGCGGGUUCAGUGCCCAUCACUGGAGAGCCCUAUCUGAACGUAAUGGCCUAAAGUUCAACUCUGAGCCACCAGUCCUUUACUUUGUCCACGAAGACAACAUCGGCGACAUACACGGAAACGCAACUGAGGACAACACUAUUGUCCAUUACUACAAGGAGAAAAAUCUCGAGCAGUUUGCCGAGAUAACCAAAACCACUGAAGGCUGCUGCAACCACUGCUUCAUCGUGUACAAAGAUGAAACCUACCAGUGUGUUGAUUCCAGCAACAUCGACAACAGCUACACUUUUUCAGAAGCUCUCAAGUGGAAAGUCAUUUCGACUGUCAGGAAGAACAUCGCUGCGAUCAACGACUUGAACAAAGUGGAUAGAAAGUUCAGGAAGCGCCAACCACCCAGGCGCCUGCUGAACGGAGAGUUCAGGCUCAGGAAUGAGGACGGCGACGAGGUGGCUGACGGCGAGCAGUUUUCAUUUAUCAUUCCACGCGAUGACGAUGAGGAAGAGGAGAGUGACGACGAAUAUGAGCCUGAACAGGACGGAAUCAAUGUAUCCAAUGGCGCACUAAUGGCUAACCCUGGUCGUAGCGAUGUGUUUUCCUGCGAGACAAUUGAUGGGAUCCUUUACCUGACACACAACGGCCAGUACUUGUGCUGCCCGGAUGACGGUAUGAACGAUAUCCGCGUUUCUCCCGAGCUGCCUGAGCCAUCAGACCGUCUCCAGAUCAACUACGACGGCAACGAUAUUAUGUUCACCAGGUGGGGUGGAUCUGUGUUUGCAAUGUGUGAGUGGGUCAAGGCAUCUGUGGGUUGCAUUGGAUUCUAUAACGAUGAUUACAGCCAGCGGUACAAAGAGCCAAUGCGCCUUUGGCUUCUCCAAGGCUAACCUACCCUGUGCCUAGUUGGGUUUUCACUAUGACAGAGCUGGCUGUACUCAACUAAUAUAUCGAUAUAUGAUGUUUUCGGGAUGUGUUUAUUAAUAAACCACGCCAGAUGUGAAGGUG